CUUUGUUCCUUCUUCCUUCCUUCCUGCUGCUGUCGGAGAAGGAGCGGUACCAACCCCCUCCUUCGUUGUGAGUAGCUUCUGUCUCCUCUGCUUUGGCUCUUCUCUUCACGACGAAACAGCUUUCGUCGUCCCGAGUCGCGCAUAUACACCAAGCGAUCCUCUUCUUUAUUUCUACCAGUUUCCUGCUCUUGGUUGGUGUGGUCCGAAGAAGAGCAGAUGGAGGCUUCUCGCGAAUUAAGCUUCUCAUAUCAAUCUCUGAAUAGGAGAGUUUAAUAAAGACUGCCUCCCAUGGGCAACUGCUGGUUUAGGGGGAUCUCCUACGUCAACAGGGUCUCCUCCACUGCAAAAUCAGAGACUCCCAAGAUCCAGAGCCCAUCGGAGAGGGACCGGAGCGAUGAGAGCAGGCUGCCGUCGAACGCGAGGGAAGUGGAGGCCAUGCGGCUGGACUCGGCUGCGCGGAAUCCGCUGACCGCCUUCUCUUUCGAGGAGCUCAGGAAGGUGACCAACGGCUUUCGGCAGGACUCGCUCAUCGGCGGCGGCGGCUUCGGCAGGGUGUACAAGGGCGCCGUGGGCACGGGGGAGCCCCUGCAGGUCGCCGUCAAGGUGCACGACGGGGAUAACAGCUUCCAGGGCCACAGGGAGUGGCUGGCGGAGGUGAUCUUCUUGGGCCACCUGUCGCACCCGAACCUGGUGAAGCUGGUGGGCUACUGCUGCGAGGACGACCACCGUGUGCUCGUCUACGAGUACAUGCCGCUGGGCAGCGUCGAGUCACACCUCUUCUCACGGGUGAUGGCGCCGCUGCCGUGGGCGACGAGGAUGAAGAUCGCGUUGGGCGCGGCGAGAGGGCUGGCGUUCCUCCACGAGGCCGAGAAGCCGGUGAUUUACCGCGAUUUCAAGACCUCCAACAUCCUCCUCGACUACGACUUCAACUCGAAGCUCUCCGACUUUGGGCUUGCCAAGGACGGCCCCGUCGGUGACAUGUCCCACGUCUCCACGCGCAUUAUGGGAACAUACGGCUACGCCGCCCCAGAGUACAUCAUGACAGGGCAUCUGACGGCGAUGAGCGACGUGUACAGCUACGGGGUGGUGCUGCUGGAGCUGGUGACGGGGCGCAAAUCGCUGGACAAGUCGCGCCCGGUGCGAGAGCAGACGCUCACUGACUGGGCGCUGCCGAUGCUCACGCACAAGAAGAAGGUGCUAGCCAUCGUCGACCCCAGGAUCGGCUUCGACGACUACCCCGUCAGGUCCGUGCAGAAGGCGGCCAUGCUCGCCUACCACUGCCUCAACCGGAACCCCAAGGCGCGGCCACUCAUGCGCGACAUCGUCGCCUCCCUCGAGCCGCUGCAGCAGCCACCGCUCCUGCCUGACGACCACACGCCCAGCGGCAGCUGAUCGACCUGUGCACUUUGUGACGUUUUGGUCGCCGCCUUGCUCGUGGAAGCAAAGUAAGGUAGAAUUCAUGUGUAUUGGACUAGUGUAGCAGGUAGGUCUAGUGCUUUUGAUACUGUAAAUGAUUGUUGAUUCUUGCAACUUUCUCGAUGCAAGAGGAAAUCGGGCGCUGGUAACUCUCUGAACA